AUGAUGAACCCUCUUAUAUUCAUUGCAUUAGCAAUUUGUACUAAUUCUAUUCGUGUUGAGAAUCAGUACUAUAAAAAAGGAUUAGGAACUGUUGAUAACGUUGCAAUAAACAAAGACAUUUUCUUUUAUUCAUCAGAAGAAGGAAUUCUUUCUAAAAGUGAUAUUAAAGGAAAUAUUGCUUGGAGAAGAACUAUUGGUAAAAAUGGUAAAAAAAUUACUGCCUCAACACUUGGGGUUUUUGUUUUGUAUAAUGACUCUGUCUCUUAUUUUGAUUCAAGAGGUGAAUUAGAAUAUACUAUUGAUGCUAUUACACAAGACAUUGAAGCUAGUGAUUUUCUUUAUUUAUUAAAUGAUAAUAUAAUUGAAAAAAGAGCUCUAAGAGAUGGUUCAUUAAUAACCUCUAUACACCAAAAAGAUGUUAUAAAAUUAAUAAAAGAUGGAAUUAUGACUAGAGAUGGUAUUUUGUCAAUAAAAGAACAAACUCCUAUUGAAGUUAAAGAUUAUUCAUAUUCAAAGAAUUAUUUAAUUAAAGAAGGUCAUGCAACAGAAACAGAUUGUGAUGCACAAAAUGAACGUGUUUGUGUUCAAAUUAAUAAGGGUAAAAUUCUUGUUUUAAAUAGAGCAAAAGAGAUUGUCUUUAAACGAGAUGAUACAAUUAUUGUUAACUCUCUUAUAACACGAGGAGUUUUUUGUUUUAUAAGAAAGUCAGGUAAUAUUUAUGCUCUUUUAAAUAAUGAAGAAAUUUUCAUAAAAUCAAUUGUAGGAACAGGAGAAUAUAUUUUAUUUAGUAAUUAUGAUGAACGAAUUUAUUCUGAAGAGAAAGUUACAAAAGAGUUGUUACAAGAAGAAAUUGGUGUUAUUGAUAUGGCAGGAAAUAUUAUUACUAAUAAAAUUAUUAAAACUCCAAAAAUUAAAGUUGCAAAGAAGAUUGAAGGUGGAAUUAUUGUUAUAGAUAUUGAUAAUAAUGUUUAUUCAAUUGGUAGUAAUGUAGAUCGUAAAUUUAUUGCAUCUAACACAGAACUUUAUCAAAUUAAUAAUAAAACUGCUGUUCCAAGAAGAAAUUAUAAAUCUAAACAAAUUUUCACUGUACAUCCAGAAGAAGUUAAUGGUAUUGUUGGUAAAGCUCAAAUUGAUAGAAGUGUUAAAGUUCCAUUUGCGUUAAAAUCAUUAGCAAUUAUUGUUGAUGAAAAUACAAUUCAAGUAACUGAAUUAAUUACAGGUAAAGUUAUUUCGAGUGUUAAAUUACCACAAGGAUCAUUAAAAACUGAAUGUGUAUUAAGUCAAGGACUUGCAGCAUGUUUUAUUAAUACACCUAAAAAUACUGUUAUUUUGACAAUUGAAAUGUGGGAAAAAGAAACUAAUUGGAAAGCAAAUUCUUAUGAUGUUUAUCAUCUUCCAGAAAUUGCAACUAAUAUAAAAUCAACAACAAUUCCUUAUAUUAUUGAUAUUGCAACAAUUUCUGUUUCUUCUUUAGGAGUAUCACAAAAAGCAUUUGUUAUUUAUUCACAAAAACAUAUUUACAUCAUUAAUCCACGUAGAUUACUUGGAACAAAAGCACCAUUUGAAAUGACACGUGAAGAUGCUGAAAUGGGAGAACUUCCUUAUUCAUCAAAUCUCAAUAUAACUAAAGAAAACUUAGUUACGAACGAAAUCGAUCUUGAUAUUGAUACUCUUCAUACUUAUCCAGGUACAAUGGAAUCAACGACUAUUGUUGUAGGAACUGGAAUUGAUCUUUAUCUUUCACAAGUAACACCUAUCCUCUCAUUUGAUUCAACUUACAACUUUAAUAAACCACAAUUAUUUAUUACAACAAUUAUUGUGUUAACUGUGACGGUAGUUCUUUCGUUCAUUACUAAAAUGAAGAAAUAA